CAUUUUUUUGUGACACAGAACCAUUUUAGGGGGUAGCAUCUUGAAAAAACUCAAAAAAAAAUCACCUCUAUAAAUAAGGGCCACCCUACUGAGUAUAAACUGUAUCAGAUUUUUUCCAUUUAUUUUUGGUAUCCAGUAAUUUCACCACUUAUAUUUUGUAAUCAACUAUUUUACAUACAAAAUGCAUAUGGAAUCAGGAAGUGAUCAAACUUGGUUCGGCGGAAACGUCUACAUUCGGAAAUAUGCCAGUACGAGUUCGAAGUCUUUCACUGGGAGAAGGGCAUCAUGGAGGGUCCUGAUCUUAGGUGGGUCCGAUGUAGAAAAGGAAGUUUCCUUUGCAGAUGACGAUUCGAACGACCAAUAAGGUGCAUCACAGAGCAGUAGAGCACCGAAAAGAGACAACAUAGUGGGCAUUCAAAGGCAAAACGUUUGAUGCGAUACAUUUUGGUUUAGUGUGUUUACUCAAUAACUGUAGGUUGCAAUAAUGCUGGAUAUUAAUUGUAUCAGAUUUUAUCUAUUCUUUAUUACUUAAUAAAUACGUUGAAAUCAAUGUAAUGUUCAGAUAACAAAUAUUUUGUAACCAGAGAAAAUCUAUUUUCCAGUUUUCCACUGCAGGGAAAUAGGACAUAUUCUUAAUAGGUAACUACAAAUUUGGCGAAAUCUGGGUAAGUGCACAGAUAAAUCCCAUUAGGUGAGGUCCACACCAUACUACAACUACGUAUCUGUUGUAGACAUUUUACAGGAGUUACUUAGAGUUUUCAAAACUAUAUAAGUUGAUGAUCAGAAAAAAUGUUCGAUCUACAACUAGAUAAGUUCACUUAUCUAGUUGUUCAACUUAGCAGAACUGCAAGAUUGAAGCAAAAAGUAGGCAACUCAAUAUGUCUAGUUGUAGCACUACAAGACUGGGGCUUGAUUUUUGUCAACAGGUGGCUCUAGUUGUCUUGGUAAGGUUAAGGUAAGGCUUUUUACAAUUUCGAGAUAGUUGGAUGAUAACAGUGUGUGAUAUUAUUCUUCUUUAACUCUUUAUUAGUGCUUUAUUCUUCUAAAACUCGAAGAUGUCUUCAAGAACAAGACGUAUUAUGCAAUUAUGCAACAUCAACAUAAGUAAGUAUAAUUUUCUUACUCAAUUCGUUAAAAUACCGUUACCGACUCAAUAAUUUACUUAGGAAAUUGUGGAUACCAACUCAUUUUGUUAAUAUCACAGAGUGUUUAAAAGGAUUUUUAGACUAGAGCUUACAGAGCAAUGAAAUACAAUGCCGAAAUUAAAAUUAUCGGAAUAGUCGUUUGGUUAGCGUGCCAACCCUUAGCCGACACACUGGGGUCGUUCGCGACCGGGCCUUAUACUUUUCAAAUUUCCCCCCACUUAAUGUUCGGAAACCGGGCCCGUGGUUCCCUCUAGUUAUAGUUUGAGAGUAGCUCUUUCCCUUAGUUUCCAGUGAGUCAAGUGCGUCAGUCGGUCUGUGACACUUGAGUGAAUUGGAGCGGGGUCAUCAACGACCCCAGAGUGUCGACUACGGCUGAAAUUGAUUUUUUUUCCUAAUUUUUGUUUCGCGUUGUUUUGUGCUACAAAUUGUCAAAGAAGGUGAGUAUACUAUGUUUUGAAAGUGUGAUUUUUUAUUCUUCAUAAACUAAUAGUAUUUUGAAUAUUGUAAGAUGGCCUACAAUCUUCGACGUCGCACGAUUCGGCAAGAGCUCCUCGAUGAGAUGCAAGAAGUUCCUUCCGAGGAUGAAGAAGCUCAAGGGAGCGGAGAGAGUGAAAAUGAAGGAGUUUCUGAGCAUGAAUCGGAAUAUUCCUACGCUACGGAUGCGUCCUCGGAAUUGGAUUCGGACAUGGAAGAUGCCACUUUGGACAAGCGUCUUUUGGAGGCUAGGGCCCGGGGACGGCCGACCUCAACUUUGAAAGGCAAAGAUGGCUUCAAAUGGAAUACAAGAGCUCCUGAGCGUCGUUCUGAUCGAGUAAGCGAUGUUUUACCUGCUCAUGUACCUGGACCUAAUGGUGAUGCGAAAAAUCUUGAUUCUAUUGAAAAGUUUUGGGAUAUUCUUUUCAACGAUGAAAUGAUUGAUAUAAUGGUGGAGCAUACAAAUAAAAAGAAGAAAUCUGUUUGAAGUUGGUUGUCGAAGACAAAGCAGAGAGCUAUCAUCA